AUGCUUGAUCUCGCUGCUCGCGCUGCUCGCAUCACCAGCACAAGAAGCCACUGCUGGAAGCGCUUCCUUCACUGCGAUCUUGCAGCAAGACCUCCGCUCGAUCAUCACGAGCUCGAUGCAGCAGCAGUAGCAGCAGAGUAUGGCGACCGUCUCCAGUCGUGCCGAGAUCUCCCCCAAGCUAGGCUCUUGCACCAGGAGAUCCUCCGCGGCAGCCCAGGACUCCUGGAAACCAACGUCUUCAUCGGCAAUCUCAUCGUCGGUGCGUAUCGCAAAUGCGGCAGCUUGGACGAAGCUCGCGCAGCCUUCGAGAGCCUCAAGCUCAAGAACGUCAUCACUUGGAACGCCAUGCUCGCAACUCUGGCAGAUCAUGGCGAGUUCCAGGCCACGCUCCACGCUUUCAGCCGGAUGCUGCACGAGGGGACGGUCCCCAGCGUUGUGACUUUCAUCUCGGUGCUCGGAGCUUGUGCCGACUGGAGCUCGGGCAACCGAGUUCACUCGCUCGCCACCGAGCUGGGCUUCCACACCGAUCUCGUCGUGGGUAAUGUUCUUGUCAACUUCUAUGGGAAGUGCGGAGAUUUGCCACAGGCCAAGAUGGUUUUUUCUGGGAUCAGCUACAAGAGCACUGCGAGCUGGACUAGCAUGGCUGCAGCAAAUGCCGAGAACGGGCAUUUUUUCGAGGCUUUGCAUUUGUUCCGGGGAAUGCUGCUUGAUGGCUUGCGGCACAACAUUCCCAGUUUUCUCACCGCGCUCCAUGCGUGCUGCUCCUUGCGAGAGGCUGACGAGAUCCAUCGGCAAGUUUGUGAGAGCGGGCUGGUUUCUAGCGAUGUCUCGAUUGGAAACGCGCUGGUGAAAACUUACGGGAAGCUUGGCGAGGUGGAGCGCGCGAUGGAAGUGUUUGAAACAAUGGCGGUGAGAGACUUGAGCUCCUGGAAUGCGGUGGUUGCUUCGUACGCUCAGAACGGCUGCAGUGAAGAAGCUAUCGCGUUUUUCUGUCGGAUGCUGCUGGAAGGAGUUUCUCCCAAUGGGAAUUCCUUCGCGGGUGGUGUUCUUAGCUGCGAUUGCGGGGAGAAGUUCUCGAGUCUCGUCCGUGGCUGCGUCGAGGAGGGUGGAUUCGACGCCGAUGUUGCCGUGUCCAAUGCUUUGAUAACUUUCUACUCGAGGAGCAGGGAAGUGGAGAAAGCCAGCGAGGUUUUCCUGCGGCUGGAUCGUCCAAACCUUCUGUCGUGGAACUCUAUCAUCUCAGCCUGCGUCCAGAACGACUGUGCCGAUAGCGCCGUGCUGCUCUUCCGAAAGAUGCAGCUCCAAGGAUUUGCGGCGGAUAAGUUUACACUGACCUCACUCCUGGACGCUUGCCGGUGCUUGUCACUGGGGACGAAAAUCCUGGAGUGGACCAACACGGAGUUGAAGUUGCAGCUGCAGCACGACUCUCUUCUCGGCAUCGCCAUGCUAAAUAUGUUCGCAAAGUGUGGAUGUCCAGCUCGAGCUCGAGAGAUCUUCGACGACACGAUCACCAGGACGAACAGUUCGUUCGACGUAGUGCUGUGGAACGAGUUGAUCAGAUCGUACGUAGACAAUGGCUGCUUUGACGAGGCCAUGCAGAGCUUCCGGAUGAUGCUGCUGGAGGCCGCGGCGUCGCCAAACUCGGUAACUUUGUCUAGAGUCUUGGCUGCGUGUGAGGACGAGCCGUGUAGAGCGAUGGUGGAAAGCUUGGUUAUGGAGUCGGGCUGGGGAUCGGACGCUCAGGUCUCAAACGCACUCGUGAGCAUGCUCGCCAGGAGUGGAUUCGUGGAGCAAGCUUUGGAGAGAGUGAUCCUCCACAAGCAUAACAACGUUGUGGCAUGGACGUCGAUGAUCACAGGCUUGGUGGACAAAGGCUUGCACGAAGAAGCUCUUAAGUUCCUCCCGGUGAUGAGAGUGGAGGGCGUGAGGCCGGAUGGAGUUGCGUUUGCUGCGAUGCUCGGUGCCUGUGCCGGAGCUCUCAACUCGGACCAAGGCAAGAAGAUCCACUCGCAAGUUCUGGAGAGUGGUCUGGAAUCGGACUCGGCGGUGGCGAGCUCGCUGGUAGCAAUGUACGCACGGUGUGGAAACCUGGUGACCGCGUACAAGAUGCUCACGUCCAUCGAGCAAGAACAUCGGCUCGAAGAUCAUCGCAAAGUUCUCGUCGUCUCGUGGAACAACUUCAUCGGAGCUUGCAUCCAGCACGGCCAGCACGCCACGGCGGUGACAAUGUUUCGCCGGAUGCUGCUCGAAGGGAUCACUCCAAACAAAGUGAGCUUCAUCACCGUGCUUGCGGCCUGCCGCAUGGAGUCCACUUCUCGGGUCGGCCAUCUCGUCCACAGCGCUUGCAGAGAGUGUGGACUCUUCGAGGACGCGUUCGUCAAGACCUCCCUGGGGGACAUGUACGGAAAGCUCGGAAACUUAGCAACCGCUCGCCAGAUCCUGCGUGCAGUUCCAGUGAAGAGCUUGGUUUCUUGGAAUUCUCUCGUCUCGGCGUUCGCUCAGCACGGCCGUGGAGAAGAGGCUGUGGUAUUUCUGUGGGAGCUGCAACAGGAUGGUAGCAAGCCAAACGCCACCACCUUUGCGAGCAUUAUAAACUGUUCCGUGGAAGCGACCGAAGUUUAUCGCUGGAUUGAAUCGAUGCUAUGCGAUCAUGGCUUGGUUCCUGGCGUGGAGCACCUUCGAGGCGUGGUGGAGAUCUUGGGACGACAAGGAAAGCUGGGAGAAGCGGAGAGGAUCAUUUCCAAGAUGGCGAUGGAGUUUCGAGGUGCGAUGUGGCUGAGCUUGCUGGGAUGGUGUCGCAGGCAUGGUGAUGUGAAUCGAGAGAGACUGGCAGCUGAGAGAAUCCUCGAGCUCGAUCCUCUCAACGCUGUUGCUCAACAAGUUGUCACGCUCUUGGGCGAGGCUGACAAGAAAGCGUAA